CAGGUUAUUCCAGAAAAAAACACAUUAAUUACACAUUACAAAGUAAUGUGGUGAGGGUGCUAUGACUAGGGGUUUUGUUGCCUAGGGUGAUGAAACUGGCCUGACUGAGGACCAAGGACAGCUAAGGGUAAUCACUUUGGAUGAACAUAAAGCGGUGGUGAAAAUGUGGAAUUCGGCCAGCUUUCAGACGGCGAGUAUAGAGAGGCGCCGCAAGAACGAAAAGGAAAGAAAAGUCCGUAUUUUUAACGAAAAAGUAAGAACUAUCGGGAUCGACAAGCAAGGCCUCGACAAGCAGCUGGAUGAGAAAAAGAGUUUGAAAGAUGCGGAAAAACUGGAACAAGCGACCUACGACGCCCAAAUGCUGCAUAAUAGUAAACAAGCGUACCUUCUCCAAAUGAAGGAAGAGAAGGAGAAACACGACAAGGAGAAGACCAACUUUCAGGAUCAGUACGAGCAGGCGAUACGGGAGCGGGAGUUGAGUCGGGUUAACUCCCAAGGAGAAGUGGAACCCAUGAUGCCUCCGGGUCUGGCGGGCGAGGACCCGGACUAUGACAGCAGGGUGUGCCGGCAGAGAGAGCAGCUCAGGGAGUGGCUGCUCCAGCAACAGAAGGAGCACGCCAUGGAACAAGAACGACAAAAGAUGGAAAAGUUGGACGACGACAAUUUCAGAGUACACGUGGACAGCGUGGCCGUGCAGCUGCAAGACGCCGAGACGGAGAGCAGGAAGAACAAAGCCAUUGAGAUGACCAAGUUCAACCAGAGCAUGGCCGAGGAGAGGCAGCGCAAGGAGAGGGAAGUCAAGGACAACCCUCUGCAAGGUCUGCAACCAACCAAGGUGGGCGUGCCCGGGCUUUUCCACGUACGCGACAGGAGGCCAAACCCCGAGAGCUGGCAGCAGAUGAAGAAGUUCUGGAACCUUCAAGUUGAAGAGAAAAUGAUGUCCGAUUUAGAAGAGGUUAACGAGACGCGGCAACACGACGACUUCUGCUCCAACGUGACCCGUGCAGCUCUGAUCCUGGAGAGGCAGCAGGAGCGUCAGAGGAAGCUGCUCCGACAACAGCUGGACCACAGCAACAGCACCGCCGCCGAAUGCGAGAGACGCAACAGACCCGACAUUGAGAGAGGACGCAUCGAUGAGACUUUUUUCUCCUAUUUCAACACCUGCAGUCGGUAAAACACGACUCCGGUAGAGUUGGGGCCAGCGUUGGUAUCGGCUGCCAGAGAUGUGGCUGUGCUUUAAGUGGCUGCUAAAACUGCGGAAUGGAUCUCAGGCAUCAAGUUGUCAGGAUAAAGCAGGCUAAAAAAUGUAUUGGAUCUCCUUUCACAGUUUGAAAAAACACCUGCUCGCCGAGAAAAUCCAUGAAAAAUAUAUUCCUCCAAACAUGUUUAGUCUGAGGUUGUUUCCGCCUGGCACAGGUGUUUGACUUGUCUUCUUUCAAUAACAAUAUUUUUGGAGAAUAAAAAGUGGAGGGGACAAAAACUGCCUUUUAAAAAAGUGCAGUGGAAAAUAUUGUUGAAUCUCAAUA